AUGAGGUGCGACGAGCAUGUGCUGCCCGCUGCCCUCGCCCCGCGAUCCGAGCCCGAGUAUAGCGCCUAUUACAUUGCGACGCAGUACGCGUCCAGUCUCUGCAGCACUUCCUCCCAAACGACCUCGGCCUCGAUCUCGUCGGGCUGGUCCGACGCCGUCUCACAAAAGUCCGAUGCCAGUUCCGCCACGUCUGUCGACUCGGACUCGUGCGACUCCUACCGCCGCAGCCUUCGCCGCGUGCAAACAUUCGACUUCAGCUCCACCACUGAAGCCCACCUGAAAUUCGACUACCGAUCAGCCGCUCAACAACAACAAACCACGACCUUGCGCCCCGAAAUCCCCAUCCCUGCCGAGCUGCGCCAAAACCCCCGCCGCUCGACCAGCUGCUCGACGGCACGCUCAGGAUGCCCGCCAUCGCUCGUCCGCCAGGCCGACCGCAAGGUCAACUUUGUUGAUAACCUCGUCGAUUCGUCCACCCAGAUCGUCGAGGCUAUUUGGCCCACCUCUUCGGUGAUUUGCCGCUCAGAGGCAAGCAACAGCGUCCUGCCUCUGCGCACUUUUAUCCAGGAGACUCUGCGCAGGUCCCGCACGAGCUUCUCGACCCUGCAGGUUGCCUUGUACUACCUGAUCUUGAUCAAGGCCCAUGUGCCGGCGCAUGACUUUACCAUGGAGCAGCCCGAGGACUGCCAUGCCAGCCGCGCGCUUCAGUGCGGCCGCCGCAUGUUCCUUGCUGCGCUCAUCCUCGCCUCCAAGUACCUGCAGGAUCGCAACUACUCGGCUCGUGCCUGGAGCAAGAUCUCGGGCCUCGCGACCCAGGAGAUCAACCAGAACGAGAUGGCGUUUCUGCUCGCCGUGAACUGGAAGCUGCACAUCACUAACGAGGUCUACAACCGCUGGACCGAUUGCGUCAUGAAGUUCACGCCGUCGCAGCCGCCAUCUCCCGGCGGUGCCGCCCAGAGACUCUUCGACAAGCAGUGCGAGGACUUCAGAAACAUCGUCUUGAAGCUCACUCCCGAGCUGGACAACCUCGAUGACCUCGCGCCUCCGUCGCAACCGGCAACCGCAUCCCUCGAACUCUCCUCCUCGCCGCCCCGGUCCCUGUACUCGACGUCCCCCUCGGACAGACCGUGCGGCUUUGGCGGCGAUUCACCCGAGUUUCUGCUCCCGACUCCCAAGUCGUACACGCCCAUGGUUAUGGAGCCCGCACCGGCCACUGUAUAUACUCCCGGCCGUCUCGCUCCCGCCCUUGGUCUUCUCCCUACCCCACGCCUCACGCCCCAGUCCAGCGCAUACAGCACUCCUGCCGCGAAUGCUGCAUCGCACCUGCUCCGUGGCGCGCCGUCGAUGAGCCUUGCCAUGGCACAGGCCUCGUGCGCCGGGUCGACAACCUACGCUCCCUGGGCUGCUCCCAUGACCUCAUCCCCUCAGAGCUACUUCACUGCUCGUCGGUCGUCGCUCGCCAACACCAUCUCCACCGCCUCCUCGCCCGAAUCCAUGAUCUCGGACUCGUCCCGGACAUCACGCUCCUCUUCCAUUUCGUCUGCUUCGUCACUUGCCAGCGCGCCGUCUACCAAACUGGAUGUACAGGCGCGAUGCAGGUACGCGAAGCAGUGCAGUGAAAGGUUGAGCAUGAGGCCCACCAUUGCUUCGGUCCCCGAGGAUUACGAGGAGAACUGCGACAGGUCGUCGUCGCCCGAGCCCUACAGCGGCCCCGUGGGCAAGGAUCUGUGCGCCAUGUCAAUGGAGACGCCGCUGGCCCGCAAGGCUGGCGAGAUGGACGACGAUGCUGCUGCUCGCGCUCUGCAGGAGCUCCACAACUACCAGGCGGCCCCUCCCAUGCACCUGCCCGCCCCCGUGCCGCGCACCGGCUCGAAGCGCAGCCGGCCCCAGUCCAUCGACAUCAGCUUGCAAGACAAUGUCAGGGGCCUUUUAGGGCGCCCGGAACUGUCGCGGAGUCAACCCGAGACGAAGCCGACCUUCUCCCGGCAGAACGGCUGGACGGGCUCGUUGGUCCGCCCCAGACUUGCACCCAUGACGAGCGAGCCGCUCCUCCGCGGCUCGGUCAUACGGUCCGACUCGCGCAAGCGUGUCUGCUGCUCGACAGAGGCUGCCCAACAAUUCCCUAUCUCGUCGCUGCACCCUGCCGUGGGCGGCAUUGGCGGGCCUGGGAUGUGGGAGGGUAUCCUCAACUGA